GUUCUCAUUGGUGGAGGCGGCGCUGCCUCUGCCGCAAUGCUUUCUGGGGGUUGUAGUUUUACCCUCUCAGAGCGACAAGCUCUGCUCUAACCCCGGUUGCUUCCCUUCUGGUGCCGGAGUCCGCGGCGGCGGGGGAUCUUCCAUGGACAAACGGGAAGACCCGGGAAACGCCGCCGCCGCCGCCGCCUCCUCAGACGCCGCCGCAGAGAGGGACUCGGGCCCAGGCUCCUGGGAUUCAGAUUCUGAUGACGAAGGUGAAGCUUCCAGUCUGACUGAAAUGGACUUCUUGCGAAAUCUCUUGUCCCGGACAUUAAACUUGGGCAGCGAGAAGCCCGAAAAGGUGCUGGAUGAGCUGACAUUGGAGGGUGUGAGCAGAUUCAUGCUGACUGACAAAUGCAAGAAAGUAAUAUGUAUGGUUGGAGCAGGAAUCUCGACUGCUGCUGGGAUCCCAGAUUUCCGCUCCCCAGGUACAGGGCUCUAUGCCAACCUGCAGCAGUACAACCUGCCAUACCCUGAAGCCAUCUUUGAGAUCGGUUACUUCAAGCAACAUCCAGAGCCAUUUUUUGCAUUGGCCCGAGAGCUGUAUCCAGGACAGUUUAAGCCCACAGUUUGUCACUACUUCAUGCGUCUCCUAAAGGAGAAAGGACUGCUGCUACGUUGCUACACACAGAACAUUGAUACAUUGGAGCGGGUAGCUGGUUUGGAUACUGAAGACUUGGUAGAAGCUCAUGGCACCUUCUUUACCUCCCACUGCAUCAGCUCUGCCUGCAAGAAGAUGUACAGCUUGGAGUGGAUGAAAGAAAAGAUCUUCUCCUCUCUCAUCCCCAAAUGUGAAAAAUGUGAGAGUAUAGUGAAGCCAGAUAUCGUGUUCUUUGGGGAAAAUUUGCCCUCCCGUUUCUUCUCACUGAUGGAUUCAGAUUUCCGCAAUGUGGACUUACUUAUUAUCAUGGGCACCUCUCUUCAGGUCCAGCCCUUUGCCUCACUUGUCACCAGAGCACCCACAAAUACACCACGGCUGCUUAUCAAUAAGGAAAAGACUGGAGAGAGUGACCCUGUCAUGUCCCUGAUGGGCUUCGGAUGUGGGAUGGACUUUGAUUCAGAAAAGGCAUACCGGGAUGUUGCGUGGAUCGGAGAUUGCGAUGAAGGCUGCUUUGCUUUGGCAGAGAUGUUGGGAUGGAAGAAAGAGCUGGAAGAACUGGUGAGAAAGGAGCAUGCUGCCAUAGAUGCUAAAUCAGGGCAGGCUGUUGGUGAUGGGGCAAGUGCCUCCCGUUCUCCCUUAAGGGACCAGCAGCGGAACCCAUCCCCAAAGAAAGAAAAGCUUCCUCGCAACAAAGAAGAAUGAAGAGCUUGGACCCAACUGGGGGACCCUUUCUGUGGAUGAAUUAAAAAUCAAAACGGCCAUUGGCUGAGCGAUCCUUGUGGCUUGCAGACUUCUCUGACUUGUCUUACUUCAGGGACUGGAUCAGAGCAGGGAUUAGACAAAGGCUUUUGUUUAGGAGAUCAGUGGGGAAUCCAAGAGAGUGUGAUGAACUGUGGAGUGAAUAAAGCCAAGGGAACACUCCUAGAAGUCUUCUCUACUGACUUGGGGAGUGCUUGCUUGGAAGUCCCACUGAAUUGCUGAAACUAUGGAUCUGAGGUCAGGUGGAUAAAUCAGCAAUGCAAAUGUUUAUUUUAUUUUAAUGUUAAUUUACAGCUGAUCUGUGAAAGAAAAUGGUUCUAAUUUGGGGGUGAUGUUGAGUGGUUGGACAAAGCAGCCUUGAUCUUAACCCUACCUCCCUGCACUUACUCUUGGGAAGUAGUUCUGGCCUGGCCAAAGAAGGCAGCUGUGGGAAGUGAUGUUUGAAGUUAUUUGUUCUAUCUUUUCAUUCUUGAAGGACAGUGAUUUUAGCAGUGUGUAUUGAGCUAUUGCCCCUGUAAUUUGCAUUAAGCUGUCCGAAUGGCAAUUAAAUUCAAGCACCUUGAUACUA